GUGAUGCCUCGAGAGCGCAUCACAGCACGACAAAACCCCACUGCAAGACGCAGUGCCAGCAUAGAGCAGCUUUGGCACGAGAGCUGGUUUCCUGUAGUUGAUAGGAGGAGGGGGGGGAGAUCGUCUCGAAGAAUCCCCUAACCUACUUCUUAUCAUGUUGGAAUCCUCAUCUUUGCUGGCUCGCGUACAGAGGCAUUGUAGUGUAGAGAAAAAGGGGAACUCCACCGGUGGAUAGAUCUGGGGAUGCAUGGACGCGGCUAUGGGUGAUUGAUGCCAUGUUGUAGCUGCAUAACAAGACUGGAUAUGCGCACAAAAAGUGGGGAUAAGUGAGUUUCGGGGCCCACAGGAUGGACACUGCGGAGGUGAUUCUCUCUGUGUUGGUGGUUGUGAUUAUCUUGGUGUCGUUGCUGUCCAACGUCCUGGUGCUGAUCUGCUUUCUGUACAACCCGGAGAUCCGCAAGCAGGUCCCCGGUCUUUUCAACCUCAACCUCACCUUUUGCAACUUGUUGCUGACUGUGUCCAACAUGCCGCUUACUUUGGUGGGACUUGUCAGUAAGGCUCAGCCGGGAGGAGACGGCUUCUGCCAGAUCGUGGGAUUCUUGGAGACCUUCCUAUCCACCAAUUCGAUGCUGAGCAUGGCAGCUCUAAGCAUCGACAGGUGGAUCGCGGUGGUGUUCCCCCUGAGGUACCACUCUAAAAUGCGCCAUAAAGACGCAGCUUUUGUGCUUGGGUACACGUGGGCACACUCAAUGUCCUUCUCCACAGUGGCCACCUGCCUCUCCUGGGUGGGAUACCACCGGCUUUACGCGUCCUGCACCCUGUCCAACCCGAGAGCAAGCAGUCGGACCCAGUUUGUUAUCUUUACCGUCUUUUUCCACUCCUUUACCUUCCUCCUGUCUUUAAUAGUGCUGUGUGUCACUUACCUCAAAGUGCUGAAAGUGGCAAGGUUUCACUGUAAGAGGAUCGACGUUAUUACAAUGCAAACUUUGGUGCUGCUGGUGGAUAUACACCCAAGUGUUCGUCAGCGUUGCCUGGAGGAGCAGAAAAGGAGACGGCAAAGAGCGACAAGAAAGAUCAGCACCUUCAUCGGCACCUUCAUGCUCUGCUUCGCUCCCUAUGUGAUUACAAGGAUUGUGGAGUUAUUUCCAGCGGUGCCUAUCAACCCCCACUGGGGAAUUGUCUCCAAGUGCUUAGCUUACAGCAAGGCAGCCUCCGACCCCUUCGUGUACUCCCUGCUCCGACGCCAGUACAAGAAGACUUGCACUGACAUCAUCAACAGGCUGCUGAAGCGUAGCUCUUUGAACACGUCCGGGCGCAGGCACGAGAACCAAGUCAACAGCAUAGCGCCUGCAGAGUAACAGGAAGUGGACUGAUACACUCUGAGGGUUGACCCGGCAACUGUUAGAGAAAUAUGAGACUGAAUUAAAGUCGAUGAAGAAGAGAACAAAUAUCGGAUGUGUCCGUCCACAUCUGCUUAAAUUUGGUCUGACAUGCCAAAAAAAAGACUGCAUACAAGGACAAAUCCCCGCACAGGAAUACCACUGUGCUUUCAUACUGAGUCCCCCGAGCAGCAGAUCAGUGUGGUGUACUUGUGAGGACCUUUGGCAAUUCUGCAGAUUUCACAUCCACCUGGAGACACAGAUGUGUUCAGCCAAGAAGAACAGCCAGUUCAUAGCCUCAUUAUUCCAACUAGCGUAGCUUUCUCUCUGACGUAAGAUACAGUAUAUUGAGUUUGUUUUACAUAACUGUGGCAAAUGCUUAUUAUAUUUAAGAAAAAAGGAUAGGGAAUGACUGUACUGUAUGUCUGUUUUAGUCCGUGCCAAGUGUUUGCAAGUGACAAGUUGAUACGUUCACAUUGUAUGUAGCACUGAAAACUAGUCUAGCUUGAGAGAAAACUUGACAAAACUUGACAGUCCCCAAAUUGUAUCACAGAUGAAAACCCACAGCAGACAGUGCCACUGCACAUGCCGUCUCGGGUUUUUCAGACAUGAUGGGGUAAAACACACCCACAAAUUAACAUGUUUAUUUUUGUAGUACAUUGCCUUGUAGUGUAUAAGGGCCAAUGAAGGGGAAAAAAGCAAGAUUAUGUAUUUUUCUGUGUAUGUGCGUAAACACAUUGCCAUUAUUUGUGCUUUCAGCACCCAUUUUGGAGGACCCGGCCAAGCAGAGUUCUAACAUCAAAAAUAGGCCAUCAAACCAGCUGCCUUUGCUGUCACGACUGACAUGUGCCCCUCAGGUUGAUUUAGUCAAGUGAAGCGUGAUUGACUGUUCUUGGCCGGGUGUGUACUAGCAGAGAGGAGUAACCCGUGGAGACUGCUUAAUGCUUUCUCACACAUUUGGGAAAGAUGGACAGGAAAGGACAAUGUAGAUUCAAAUCAAUUCAGUUCAAUUCAAUCGUUAAUUUACAAAGACCAUAAAAUCCCAGUAAUUCCCCCGAAAGCAAGCAUUUAGGUUGGUUCCACAGGAGAGGAGCCUGGUAGUUGAAGGCACUGGCUCCCAUUCUAUUUUUUAGAGAUCUACGAACCACAAGUUACUCUGCUUUCUGAGAGAGCAAUGUUCUAGUGGGACAAUAAAGUACUGUGAGCUCUUCAAGAUCUGAUGGUGCUUGACCAUUUAGAGCUUUAGGUCAGGAAAAGGAUUUUAAAUUCAAUCCUGGAUUUUACAGGAAGCCCAUGCAGAGGAGCUAAUUCAGGAGAAAUAUGAUCUCUUUUCUUAGUUCUUGCCAGAACAUGAGCCGCAGCAUUCUGGAUCAGCAAGAGAGUCUUAAGGGACUUAUUUGAGCAACCUGAUAGUAAGGAAUUACAAUAUGCCAGCCUGGAAGUAACACAAGCAUGGACUAGUUUUUCAACAUUGUUUUGAGACAGGAUGUGCCUAAUCUUGGCAAUGUUACGAAGGUGAAAAAAGGCUGUUCUUGAGGUUGUUUUAAGUGGGCGUUAAAGGAUACAUCCUGAUAAAAAAUAACUCCUAGAUUUCUGACAGUAGUGUCGGAGGCCAGGGCAAUGCCACCCAGAGUAGCUAUAUAUUUAGAUAAUGGAGUUCAGAGGUGUUUAGGUCCCAGCACAAUAGCCUUGGCUUUGUUUGAGUUUAACAUCAGAAAAUUGUAGGUCAUCCAUGAUUUUAUAUCUUUAAUUCAUGCUUGAAGUUUAGCUAACUGACUGGUUUUGUCUGGAUUGAUUGAUGGGUAUAAUUGGGUGUCAUCCACAUAACAAUGUGAGUGUUCCCUAAUAGUACCUAAAGGAAGCACAUGUAAGGUGAAUAGAACUGGUCCAAGCUGAGCCUUGUGGCUAACUUUAUCGUGCCUGGAGGAUUCAUCGUUAACAUUAACAAUUUGAGAUUGAUCAGAUAAAUAGGAUUUAAACCAGCUUAGUGUGAUUCCUUUAAUGUCAACCAAAUGUUCCAGUCUCUGUAACAGGAUGGUAUGGUGAAUAGCGUCAAAUGCAGCACUAAGAUCUAGUAAGACAAGUACAGAGACCUUUGUAUGAAGCAGUUAAAAGGUUAUCAGUAAUUUUAACCAGUGCCGUCUCUGUGCUAUGCUGCAUUCUAAGAUUAAAUAUACGUAGGUCUAUAGUUGGCUAAGACCUCAGCAUCAAGGGUGUUUUUUUUUUCAAAAGAGGUAUCAUCACAGCUACUUUAAAUGACUGUGGUACAUAACCUGUUAAUGAAGACCAAUUGUUUCACAUGUAGUAAUGAAGUGUUUCUUUAAGCAGCCUCUUUGGCAUGGGGUCUAAGAGACAGGUAGAUGGAUUAACUCAAGAGACCUUUAACAUCAAUUGUUGAAGGUAUAUUGGAUAAAAGCAGUCUGUGUCAGGUCUUGUUGUUCUUUCUGGCGUUGCUGCAUUUAAAGGUAAACCGUUAGAAGUUGAGGGCAAGAGGUGAUGAAUUUUAUCUGUAAUUGUUAUAAUUUUAUCAUUAAAGAAGCUCAUGAAGUCGUCACUACUCAGAGCUAUAGGCUAUAGGCUAUAGGCUCCAUUGAGCCAAUAGAUGGCUCUAUAAAGCAUUUCUGAGGGCCUUCCAAUAUGUUUUCAGACUGUCUGGCCAAUCUAAACAGGAGUCUUCCAGAUUGGUGGAACUCAAUUUACUUUCAAUUUUUCGCGAGGUUUGUUUUAAGUUGCGAGUUUGGGCGUUGAAGCAAGGUGCUAGUUUUCUUUGCUUCAUCAUCUUCUUUUUGAGAGGAGCAACAGAAUCUAAAAUUGUCCGGAGCUGGGCCAUUUUUUGGGAGGGACUAAAGUUAACAUGAGAGUCUUCUGUUAUAUUAAGGCACGGCAUUGAGUUAAAUGCUGUUGGAAUAUCUAACUUAAAUUUAGCCAUAGCACUGUCAGAUAGGUAUCUAGUGUAGAAGCUUUUAUCCAAUUUUGUAUUUUGUAACCAAUUGAAUCUAGUAGAGUGUUGAAAGCAAUAUUAAGGCUACCGUUGUCACCGUCCACAUGGAUAUUGAAAUUACCUACAGUAAGUCCUACUUUGUCUGAUUUAAAGCGUAACUCUCUUGAAAAUGCAACAAAGGUUUUUUUUGUGAAUGUACCUGAGUCAAACUUUUGUUCAAAAGCAUAAUUAGGACAGAAGCACCACUUUUAAGAUUUACUGUAUCUUCACUUUUGGGCAAAUGGCUUUUUGAAUGAAAGCAUCAAAAUCAACAUUUUUAAAACACUAAGAUGGCUCGACACAACAUGAAACGUUGCUCAAAGUAUCACCAGGAACUCUUCAUGUGAACUUGAGCAUUGAGAACAUUGUGUACACACAGUUUACUAAAAUUAAAAGUUUGAACGACUUACUUUAGCAGUUUUUGGGCCAUCUUUCCAGUCAAAACGUGUCAAUCUCCAAAUGCGAAUGAACGGAAUACAUGGGAGGAAAUGUCAUUCUUAUAUGAGGCUCCUUUUUCAACUACAAGGUCAAUAUUGUUUUUCACUCACAACAAAACAACAAAUUAGCCGUGCAUUUACAUGGAACUAAGCUUUAGGAGCUUUCCAAAGUUUCAGGUUGUGUCGAGCAUUUUUUGUGUUUUAAAAUGUUAAUUCCUUUGCAAUCAUAGAAAAAUAAAUCUUAAAAGCGGCGCUUCCAUCCUAAUUAUGCUUUUAAACUAAAUUUUGACUCGGAUACAUCCACAAAAACACCCUAAGUUGCAUUUUGGCGAGAGUUAUGCUCUAAGGACUACACAUUUUCAGAAUAUAUAAAUGAUGUCUUUAUUUUCAUUAGCAGAGUGAUCAUAUGGAGACUAAUAACAUUGUGUGAUAUUUAAUGUCCAUGACAGAAAAGCUUAAGAAAUAGUGUCUGCUUUCAGUGUCAUUUACAGUGCUUUUAAGAAAGACACUUGGCAACGUUUGUACUUUUUUAACAAGAUGGAUACAUAUAGGAUAGCAAUAUCAUCUUUCCUCUCUCACUUUGGAUAUAUACAGUACAUAUUUGGCAGUUUAGUAGUUUCCAGGCAUUACUUGAAGCCUAAGCCCAAGAGCCCUUGCAACUGACAAAUUGUUAUCUGACUCACUACAUGUACCUAUUAUAUCCAUUUUUGUUCUGUAUCAGAAGACAGACAGCUCUGUGUCAGAGGGGUUUUGACUGGGCUCCACUUGUUAAAGAGUCAACAUACUUUAGAUAGAGGCGCUUCAAUGUCUUCAAAGGCCCUGACACACCAACCUGAUAACCGGCCGUUGGACAGUCUGCCGAGGUCAAUGACUCGAGUCUGUUAAGUGUGUUCCCUAAUGUUGUCCGCCAUUCAGUUAUCCGCCUUCAUUUUGGCCAACCUGACUUGGGGCAAAGGGUGGCAGUCGCACUCAACAACCAAUCUGAUUGGUGAAGUUCUAGACCUUGACUAGCAAAUCAGUGCACAAAUGUUAGCGUGACGAACGGCUCUCAAAAUCGGACGAAAUCUUUUAAACUGACCUUUGUCGAUCUGAAAUGAACACAGAUUCAGCAACCGCAUGGCCUAAUAUGAGAUUGUAUUCUGAAUGAGCCAUCAUUACGCUUGGUGCAGCCAGACCCAUGUGACACGUUCGUCCAGUCAGCUGCCGGUUUACAUUUUUUGGGCGACAAUACAGAUUAGCACCGCCUGUUGUUAUGAAGAUGUAUUUCGUCUUGCGAACGUGCAGAACAUACAUUCAAGUUGGCAUCGCUUCGGUGUGUUCUGGGCCCUUUUUUGACUAACUCCAGGAGUAACGUCAGUCCGACUGCCUUUUCUGCCAAAAGUUGGCCGUCAGGUUGUUGUGUCAGAGCCUUUAAAUUAGAAAACAGGCAAUACAGAAGAUUGCAAAAGCUUAAGUUCUUGAUGGAUUUGGAUGCACAUUGUGUUUAGACGGUACAUGAACAGGGCAACAGUGAGAUACUAUGUGUAUCACACAGUGCCAAUAUUCUUAAUGAUGCCUAGUGAGCCAAAUAUUAGCUGCAGUUCAUUUGUUUCUGAAAACAAAAGAAAAAAUUGAUAAAAAGAAUAUUUAUGUAAUUACUGAUCGAUACAUGUUUAAUUUGAUUUUGUGUUUUGAUGUAUGAUAAUACAGAGGAGAAAUGGUUGUCUUAGAUAUAAUGCAGUGAAGCACUGUAUGAUACACCAAGAUAACCGAUGCCUUAAAUUCUGCAAUACAUGUUGUUUUAGAGUUUUACCAUUCACAAUAGCAUAUGGAUAUCUUAUAACAAUUUAGAGUCAAUCAUUGCCUUAUUCACUUCUGUUCAUUAGCACAUACUCAUUUAGAAUCUGUAUUUCUGUACCUUCAAUUCUGCUUUUAAUGGUAAUUUAUUGCUAAAGUUUUGCACUGAUGUAGAGUAGUUAUUUUUGUCAUACACAAUAGUUAUUGGUGAAAAACAAGCUUAAAGAAUAUAUGUUGACAGAUUUAGAUUAAUGACAACGUGAAAAGUAUUUUCGUGUCUUUUAUAUAUGUUUAUGUGAUUUAUGACAACACUGUAUUUGUUCGGGUGUUGCAGAAUAUGCAGCUUCACAUGCACAUUAAGUUUGAAGUGUUGUUGAUAGUUGGCAAUGGCAAUGUAACAUACCUCAUUGUAUUACGGUGACUGACUUGACUGCCUGACGUGUUUUGUAAUGUACAUUCUAAUUUAUUAAACCACUGGCUGAAUGCUGCUGCUACAGAUGGCAAAGAUAACAAACAGUUGAUGAUGAUGGUGAUGUGAUGACAGACGAUCAUGACGACAAUGACUGCUGUUUGCAUCUGUUGAGUACAUUUCGUAUUGAUGGUGAUUGUUAUUGUAAUUUUUGUGAAAAUGAGGAGGAUGAGUUUUUCAGAUGUUGACCAUAAUGAUUAAACUGUAAAACUUUA